GAGCAUUAGUGAGUUGCUUGCUCGGUCGUGCGCUCCGGCCCGUCCCUCUCCCUCCAGCAUAUACUACAACAGCGCCUCAUAUAUACGUGGCGAUUAAGCCUCGAUCUAGCCGGGCGGCUGAUUCGACUGCGAGCGGCCUCAUUCCCCGCGGGCCGGCAUGGAGGGUCAGAGCGCGGCGCCGCUGCUCCCGAGGAUCCCGCCGCCGGAGAAGAGGGGCGGAGGACGGCGCCUGGCGGAGGAGGUGUGGGAGGAGUCCAAGAAGCUGGGGGAGGUCGUCGGCCCGGCGGUGUUCAUAAACCUGGUGUUCUCCUCCAUGAACAUCGUCAGCCAGUCCUUCGCCGGCCACCUCGGCGACCUCGACCUCGCCGCCUUCGCCAUGGCCAACACCGUGGUCGACGGCUUCAACUUCGCCAUGCUGCUCGGCAUGGCGAGCGCCCUGGAGACGCUCUGCGGCCAGGCCUACGGGGCGAAGCAGCACCACAUGCUGGGCAUCUACAUGCAGCGCUCGUGGCUCAUCCUCCUCUCCUUCGCCGUCCUCCUCUCCCCGAUGUACGUCUUCAGCGGGCAGCUGCUCGCCGCGCUGGGCCAGUCCGCCGAGCUGUCGCGCGAGGCGGGCUCCGUCAGCCUGCGCUUCCUGCCGUCGCACUUCAUGUACGCCGUCCUCCUGCCGGUCGUUACGUUCCUGCAGUGCCAGCGCAAGAACUGGGUCACCGCGGCCGCGGCGGCGGCGGUGUUCGCCGUGCACGUCGCCACCACGUGGCUGCUGGUGAGCUGCCUCGGGCUCGGGAUCUUCGGCGUGGCCAUGGCGUUCAACCUGUCCUGGGUGGCCUUCGCGGCGCUGCUGCUCACCUACGCGCUCGGCGGCGGGUGUCCGGAGACGUGGACCGGGUUCUCGACGUCGGCGUUCGUGGGCUUGAAGGAGUUCGUCGCCUUGUCCGCGUCCUCGGGUGUCAUGGUGUGCUUGGAGAAUUGGUACUACCGGAUAUUGGUUUUCCUCACGGGUUUCAUGAAGAACGCCGAGCUAUCUGUGGAUGCAUUGUCUAUCUGUAUGAGUUUGACUAGCUGGGAGAUGAUGAUCCAUAUGGGAUUUUUAGCAGGCACUGGGGUGAGGGUAGCUAAUGAGCUUGGCGCGGCCAAUGGACAAGGUGCAAAGUUUGCCACGAUCGUGUCCACGACUACGUCCUUUCUGAUCAGCCUCUUCGUUAGUUUGCUCGCCCUGAUUUUCCACGACAAACUCGCGAUAAUCUUCUCGUCAAGCCAGGCCGUGAUCGACGCGGUUGAUCACAUCUCCGUUCUGCUCGCGCUCACCAUUCUCCUCAACGGGAUCCAACCUGUGCUCUCCGGAGUAGCUAUUGGAUCAGGCUGGCAAGGAGUGGUUGCUUAUGUUAACAUCGGAAGUUACUACUUGAUCGGUGUUCCUCUUGGUGUUCUGCUAGGAUGGGGUUUCAACUACGGGGUUCCUGGAAUAUGGGCUGGAAUGAUCGGCGGCACAAUGAUGCAGACUCUAAUCCUGGCAUUUAUCACCCUUCGAUGUGAUUGGAAUGAAGAGGCGCUGAAAGCUGGUAACAGAGUGCGGCAAUGGAGUAGCACCAAGUGAGCUAGGAGCCUAUCGGCAGCAAUUAGUUGUAGUUUAUAUCUUCGUCUCUCUUAUCACAUGUUUUCGGCAGCUUUUUUUAUAUUCGUAGAUAUGUAUCUAAAUAUAUUUAUACAUCUAGUUGAUACUAAAAAUCUAAAUCUGUGAAUCUAGAAAAAUCAAAGCGAUGUAUGUUCUGGAA